AUGUCGCUUGCCAAGAGGAAUAAUGGUUGCCUCGAGUGUCGCACGCGACGCGUCAUCUGCGACAAGGCCGAGCCCGAGUGUUUCAAGUGUCGCAAGAAGGGCAUCAAGUGCUCCGGCCAGGGCAUCGAGUGCCGCUUCAGCCCGUACAUGCGCAAGAAGGCCACCGCUGCCAAGGUCAAGGCCAGCACCGCCGCCAUCACCAGCUCCAGCGAGGGCGAGGGCUCCGCCGAACGCGACAUCGCUGCCCAGCCCGGCGCAUCGGCAACCAACGACGCGACCAACAUACCGACCCGCACAUCGUCCUCGAAGCAAUAUCUAUGGGUAGAUCCGGAGCCGAUCCCGGGCUCAAGCCCGAGGGCGACGCCACUCGCGGCGCUCGUCGUGCCCAAGAUGGAGGAGGACCCCGAUUCGACGGCGCUGGCCGACGCACCGGUGUACCGGUCGUCGAUGUCGCCUUCGUCCUCGGCCAGCUCGCGGACGGACGAGACACACGACCAGGAUAUAAAAGGGAAACACAUCAUGUCACCAACUCGCAAAGUAAAGACUGAAGAUCGCUUGGUGGUGCGCAGGCCGUCAGUCCAGCGGGAUCCCUGGUCAUGCGGGCCCGAUGUCACCAUUCAGAGCAUAUCUUCAGACUCGAGAUUCUUCUUUGACCAUUUUUCCAACUUUAUCGCGUCGAAAAUGGUCGCUCUCGACUUCCACGGCAACGGCUAUCGGCAAAUCAUCCUCCCCAUCGCCACGCAAGACCCCAUGGUUUCGCAGGCCGUCAGCGUUGUGUCUGCAUUUCACCUUUCGCAAGCUGUGCCGUCUCUGCGAAUGAAGGCCGAGGUCAAUCAGCAACGGGUACUGUCGAGACUGCGACAGUCGGCGCUCAACCCUAACCCGGAUCAAUUCUUCAAGCUCUCCAACUGGGUGACCAUUCUCGUCCUCUUGGUGGGCGAUACCAUCACAGGGUCAAACAACUACGUCUACUUGCUUGACUUGUUAUCACGGCUCUCUCGAGCGGCCUUGUCGGACAAGUCGCUGCCAGACGAUGUCAAAGAAUUCGUCCAGCAGCAAACACGAAUGCAAGUCUUUGCUCCUCCGCGUUCUCGCAUCGUUAAUGCUAACAUUGAAUGCAGGUUCGAAGUAUUCGGAACUCCACUCUCACAUCCGGAAAAAGCACUGGAUAUUCUGCGGCGACGGUCCACCGACCACCUCGCCUUCAUGUCCUACUGUCCGUACACCCCGGAGCAGCGGGCCUUUGCCGACACCAUCACCGAGGUCAUGAAGCAGGCGUGUCGGAUCUUUGAGUGUAGGGCUUCCAAGACGGUCACGCCCGAAGCCUCGAUAGCCUCGGUGGAGCGGAUGCGGCAGAUCGUCACAGGCAUGGACCUCGAGAGGGACGGCAGCCAUGCGCUGGUAUGGCCGUUCUUCGUGGCCGCCGCGGAGAGCACGCUGCCGGCGCACCGCGAGUUCUUCGCGAGCCGGCUCGAGCGGCUCUUCUCCAACACGCGGUUCGGCAGCAUCCCGGUGGCGCUGAACACGCUCAGGUACAUUUGGAGCAAGAGCGCGACGACCAGCUGGACGGACGUGGUGGCGCGGGAGAGGCAGGUUCUGAUCAUGUAA